GAACGCGGUUGAAUCAUUGAGCGCGCCUCCGUUGGAUCUCCUCUUCCUCCCGUCACACCCACUGCUCGGUGUUGUGGGUUCACCCCGUGGAGAAGGGGAGGACCGACCAUCAGCUCACACAACGGCAGCAAGUGCUGCAGUGCGAGCGCAGCAGGGGACUCGGAAGCGAAUACAAAAAAACACACACACAUACACAUAACAGCAACGUUACAGCCGAAACUUGGUCUAUGGAGAGAUCUGCAGCAGCGCCGUAGCGACGCAGGCCGUCAUGGAAGAGUAUUUACGGAGGGUCCAGAGCAGACUCGGGGCAGGUCUAUCGGAGGAUCCCAUCCAUGCUGUUUUAGGUGGACCAGAACCAGAUGUUGAUACUGUGGCUGCAACUCUGUGCUUAGCACUACACCUCAGCCAGAAAAAACCAACAGGUGGAGUGUGUGUGCCAUUGCUGUGCAGCAGGCGAUGUGGCACUGUGUUGCCUGAGGAGACCACAAGGUAUUUACAGCGGGUGAAAAUUAGCGAGAGCUUGUUGCUGUGGAGGGAGGAUGUAGACCUUGUGAAGCUUCAUCACACUGGAAAGCUUUCACUCACGCUGCUGAGAGAUGGACUGCUAGACAGCUCUGAGCACCACACUCUGGAGUCAAGCAUCCUGCAAGUGGUCCAUCAUGACAAGCUACAGGAUGCUGAGAAUGGUGGGGCACUGUCCGCAGUGACGACAGUCACUAGAGAGAUUCUUCAAGAGGCAGCAGAGCACAUCAGAGCAGCGCUGGGGGAUGUUCUCAGAGAGGCCUUGCAACUACAAAGAGAAGCAUUGAUCAAACAUGGCUCUCAUUCAGAAGAGCUGGAGGAGCUUCUGAGAUCCUUGGAGGAAUUGGGGGAUGUCACUUUUGGUCAACACGCUCAAGUGGAGCAAAAAGACUUGAUGCGGCUGCUGACAAUGGAGCUGAAGGAGUUUUCUGAUGGAGAGACGACCAUAGCACUCACCUCACUGACCACAGAUAAGGAGGACUGGCAUGGUUAUGUGGAUAGACUGAAAUCACUCAGUUAUCAGCAUGGCUAUGAUGGUCUUGUGGUUCUCUUGUCCAUCAACGAUACAGUUCACCAUCCUCGCCAGCAGGUGGCAGUGUACUCAACCAACACAGAUGUGCUGAACCAGAUAUGCACUGAGCUGGAGGAGUCAUCCAGCUGGUCACUUUCCAGUGAACUGGAGGACAGGGAGAAUCUCCAAAUCUAUCACAUUCCCAUAAACACCUCUUCAUCCUCUGGUACUCCUCUUCUGCUGGAGGAAGAGAUCUGGGGCCUCCUCAAGGAUUUUGUCGACCGACGGAGCUCAGUAUUAGCUUGCCACCCCAGCAGCAGGACCUCUUCUACGGAAGGAGUAGCAGGCAGUGUAGAGUUUUCCCAGGGAUCAUCUGGCAUCAAUGACAUGGAUGGUUCUGACACAGAAAGAGCUGAAGAAGGCGGUGGCGAUGUGGUGGCUGUAGCAAGUAGGGUGAUGGCAGAAGGCGAAGAGAACACAGGAGCUGCAGGAAUCAGUACCAGUGGGGAGCUAUUAAGUCCUGACAGCGGUAUGACCACCAUUCGUAGCAGCCGGUCCUCCAAGGAGAGCUCAGUGUUCCUCAGUGAUGACAGUCCGGUUGGUGAGGCGCUAGCAGGUGGUCAAGCUGCGGGGCCAGGUGGAUUCUUCCUGAGAAAUCCCUCUCCCCUUGGGUUGUCAUCUCUCUCUCCUCCGGUCCCACCUGAGAGGAGGAAGCACCGCUCCGGCAGAAAUAAGAGUGACAACUUUGAUCCAUUUAGUUUAGACCCAUCUCACAGCAGUGAACACCAGACGCCAGCAGGGGGGGGACUAGUCAAUUCUGGAGUAGGAGAUGAAGGUUCGAGAAGAGCAGGAAGCUCCAGCUUAUCGGAGCUUGAUGAGCUAAGCCUAUUAGAUUUCUCUGCUCCCAGCUCAUUAGGAGGGUUUGAAACUGGAAUUUAUUCAAUUGAUCACCAGGGCCAGUUUUAUGGACAGGAAAUGAUUGACACUAUGGUUCCCCCAACCCCAGUGAAUAGCCUGGUAGGAAGUCGUCCGCCCAGCAGUUGCGGUGUCAGGUUCUUCCCAGAGGAUGUCGUUGAAAGGAUCAAUGGCCUACAACACAAAGACAGCGUGUCAUCAUCCUUGUCAGAGACUUGGGAUGAACUUAGCUUUGAUGCCCAAGGAGCAAUGUCCUCAAGUGAUAAUAGUGCCUGGAAUAGACCCAAAGACUCUGAGAGCUCUCUGAACAUUGUGGACUCAGUCAGUGAUGUGAGAGAAAAAGAAAACAAAGAGGAAAUCUUAAAGGCUGAGACUACUCAUCAGAAAGCAAGAAGUCUUGAACCUCAACUUAGUCUAAUCACUGAGCAGACUGAAUCAUGUCAAAACUGGAACCCGGACACACUUCUGAAGGAUCAGUGGAACCCUGUCACUUUGGCUUGUCUUCAGCUGACACCACCUGAGGAUGAAGUAACUGGAAAUUACAAAGCUGGUGUCGCUGCACGAAAAGAAGAAACACCCUCAUUGUCAGUAACAAAAAAAGCAUUAAACAAUUUAACACCAGACACAUCUAAAGAAGAAGAUGAUGUUAUCCAAGGCAAAAAGAGAGACCAACAGUUGGAGCUUUUAGACUUCUGGACAUACUCGGCUCAGAAGGGUUUUCUCAAAUCAGAUAGUGGAACCACCACUUCUUACCCUGAAUCACUAGAUAUGUGGAAUAUGACAAUCCGGGAUGACAGUCUAUCGCCUCUUACUACCCCUGAAAAUCUGUCUGAAAACUCAAGCUCCUUCAGUGGGCUGAACCCCAAUUUUAGGACAGACACAUCUGCAGAAAGUCCAAUACGAUACUCUGAUGGUGGAAUGGAGAUGUGGAACACAACCAUACAGGAGGACAGCUCCUCCACAACAACCACCCCUGAAGGACCUGAAAAUGGAAAAGACGUUAAUCACAUGAAAUCAUUUGAUACUAGUGAAUUACUUGAGACACAUGGAAGCAAACAGGCAGAUGAAGACAAAGGAACAGAAGACAAGGUUGUUUGUAAAACACAUAGCCAGGUGCCUGAAGAAACUGAGUGGAGAAUUAAUGAACAUAAUGUGAAAAUAGUGAUAGAGGCUGCAGAUGGUGUAACAAAGGGUGAGGAAACAGACAAUGAAGACAUGCAAAGUGUUCAGAGCCAGUGGUCAGAGUCCAUCUUGAGGGACUCUGAAUCUAAGCACUCAAAAGAUGAGACUUCAUCUCCACAAAGUACUGACAUGUGGGACUUGCCUGUCCAUGGCAUUGUCACAUCCACAUCCGAAUAUGACAAUGUAGGAGCAGGAGCAUGGAGUCGAACAUCCUCCCCUGACAACUGUGCUAGCCUUGUAGUAGACAUGAUACAGCUAGAGGGACAAUCUAGCCCUUUUAUAGCUCUGACCAAACCUAAUCUAAGUGAUGACAUGCAGAAUCAGUACCAGACUCUUGGUGCUCUGAGAAAUGCAGUAUCUUCAGAUGAAGACCAGACAUCCAACCAGGUUUUCUUGUUUGACGGAGGUCUGACUCAAAUGACUGAGAACUGGGAAAGGCAAAUUAAGAAUAAUUAUGAAAAAGCAAGCAGUGGUGGAUUGGAUGAAGCUGACUGGAAUGAGCAAUCCAAUGAACAUUCCCCAUUUGUUGUGGUGGACAACUUUUCUGACACUCAGCAUAUUUCCGAACAUCUGGAAGAAUCCCCAAGCUUUGUGGAUUGGGACAGUUUCAAGAAACAUGAUGGCUUAGAAUCAGCUUCAUCACACCUUCCAAUCAAAAUAACCCACUCUGAAGAUGACCCUGUUACUGGAAACCAUGAAGGGGCCAACAACAAUAGCAGUGGAAAUUUACAAGACAAAAUAAUAGAAGCUAUAUCUCUGGGCUCCAGCCCAGGGGGAGAAAGAGAUGCACUGAAUAGCCCUGACAACCUUCACACAUGUCAGGAUAAACUUGGGUCCAGUUCUGAUGGAGAUUCAUGCUCCGGCUUAGAAAUGGAAUACAUUGUGGUCCCUGGCACUGUAAAAGAAAUAAAUAAAGAGUGGCCUGACAACAAAGGAACAGCAUUCAGCAUUAUGAACUGUCCUAGCCCACAUGAUCACCAGGAGAACACAGUGCAGAGUAAUCAACACCAAAUCAGAGGAGCUGACAGUACAUCUGGUGCAGAACCAAAUGAAGCUGUCUCAACUUCCCAUUACCAAACUAUCCUUGAUGAGGCCACUGAACAUCGCACAGUGUCAGAAACUACCAGUUCUACCCAAUCAAAAACUAACUCUGCAUCAAGACCAACAGAAGGAGUAAAUUCCGAAAAUGAGUCGAGCACUGUGGCCCGAAGUGUGUCACCAUCAUUAAGGUAUCCGUCAGAUCACUUCCUGAAAACCAGGGAGGAAGUUUAUGUCCAUUCACAGAUCUCAAUGGAGGAUUCAGAUGAGGGUGGACAGUCCCCAUCAGCGCCUCCACCAUGCACUAAUUCUUUGGGUGACUUUCAAGUCUGGGGGGAUCAGCUAGUAAGACAGGACACUUCUCAAACCACGUCUGAGCCACAGUCCCCUGUACUUACUAACAGUUCAGUCUCUCACACCAGCUCUCUGAUCGGCACCCCAGUAAAUGAAUUGUCCGUUUCUACUGACAUAGGACUUGGCUUACCAUUCUCUGGAGAUUUAAUGGAGGAAGAGUGUGAUGAGGAUGAGCUUGAGGAAGAAGUUGAUAAAGAACAAAGAGAGAAGGAGGAAAGACAAGAGUUUGGAUCUUCUGACUUACUGAGCUUUAAUGAGGUCCUGGUUGGAGGUUCCUCAUUUCAACAAACAGAUUUACAAACAUCUGAGCCAAAAUGGGAGGGGUAUCUACUGAACAGAGAGGACUACAAUGACAGACACCCCAGGAAGACAGAUGAUUGUGUAAAAUGGUCUAUUGAGCAACGGCGUGAAGAUCAUAAAACUUCUGACAAUAAUUAUUCACUUGUUUUAAGCUGGAGUCCCUCCACGGCUAAUGGAAACCGCUCCCCUAGCUUUCCUACAAGAAGACACCAAGAUGUGAACUCGCUACAUUCAUUUCAGCCUACCAAUGAAAAUGCUGCAUACCAGUGGACAGAAAGUCAAAACGCAACUCAGGGUCAAACCAAGUACGGUUACAACUACCACCACAUUGACCAAAGAACUGAAAACCAGAGCACCUACCCAGCCUGUGCAGAUACCAAAUCAAAUAACAGUCAGGAGAAUACCACAGACGUCUAUGCUGAGUUUACAAGUGAUGUCUCAGCAAUACAAUACAGUUCUGAGCAGACUGAGAACUAUUUUGAAGCUGGAACAAAUGCUCAGUACACUCUGGAUGAUGCACCUUCCAAAUGUCAGUACAUGGCUGAAACCCAGUAUCAGCAUGACCCUAUGCGCACAUCUGAGCUCCAGUACUCUCAACAACAAGCUGAUAGCCGAAGUCCAUAUGAGUCAGAGCAUGUUCGUUAUCAGUAUGAUGGACACCAGUUCUACCAAUCAUCUGACCAUCCCGAGACAGAGGACCAUGCACAAUAUGUGCCAGAGGGAUAUGUUCACUUUCUAUUUUCAAGACACUCCCAGGAGGGAGUUGGUGCAGCAGGGAUGGGCUCCAGUGAGGAAACUGCUGAGGAGCUGAAUAACAGAGAAGACCCACCCUCCUCAGCAGAUACAUCAGGUGGGUCUAAUCAGAGGAGAAAGCUGGCAGCUCCGCCAAUGAAUGUGUCACUGGACCACAGUGAUGGAUCUCUCCUCUCAGAAGAUGCUCUGGACACGGAAGACGAGGCCUUGGAUACUGGGGAUGAUCUGGACGUUAACAUUGAUGACAUGGACACACCGGAUGAGGCAGACUCAAUGGAUUUCAAUGCACAUGCAGACUCACAGGAGUCAGCUGAUCUGGCUGCGGUUGCAGCUUCAAGUGAUGCUGUCGCAGGCCAUCGAGCAGCAGAGGUGAGCAGGGACAGUGGGCUGUGGAGGAGCGUGGUAAUCGGGGAGCAGGAGCAUCGCAUUGACAUGAAGUGCAUCGAGCCAUACAAAAGAGUCAUUUCUCAUGGAGGGUAUUACGCUGAAAAGAACGCCAUCAUUGUUUUUGCAGCGUGUUUCCUACCCGACAGCAUCUGUGACAAUUAUAAUUAUGUAAUGGAAAACCUUUUUCUGUAUGUAAUUAGUACCUUGGAGCUAAUGGUGGCCGAGGAUUACAUGAUUGUGUACCUGAACGGUGCCACUCCUCGUAGGAGGAUGCCUGGUUUCACCUGGAUGAAAAGGUGCUACCAAAUGAUAGACCGGAGACUGAAGAAAAACCUAAAGAUGUUCAUCAUUGUUCAUCCCUCCUGGUUCAUUCGGACUUUGUUAGGAAUCACCAGGCCAUUCAUAAGCUCAAAGUUCAGCAGUAAAAUCAAGUAUGUAAACAGUCUGCGGGAGCUUGGAGAAAUCAUCCCCAUGGAGUAUGUUCAUAUUCCACCAACCAUUCUCAAGUAUGACAAGAAGAAGGUUUUACACAAAUUUGCAUGCAUGAGACUGGACACAGAAUUGCAGGAGACGUCAGCUAAGUAAGUGAGUCGACAAGGGACACUCAGCUGUCUGACAAGACACUUGGCUGCAGCCCAUUUUCUUUCUGCACUUUGCUGUGCUCAGCUUGAAUGAAAAACCAAACUGCAGCAUGACGCAUAUGGGGCAUUGUUGUUUAAAAGGCAACUAGCAAUGGAGCAGAAAGGUUUGCUGUGGUUCAAACAUCGGGUGGUUCAUUAGACCUGAGGAUGCUUGAUGUACAGUACAGUAAUGUGCUUGCAUUGCAGAGACUGUCACUGUGCUGAAGGGGAGAUACUUCAAACUGUUUUACAGUACUUGACACAUCACUUGAUAAUGUUGGUCUUUUGUUUUUUCUUGUACUUCAUCAGUGUAAGUUAUUUUGAUUUGGAUGUAUUUAAAGUAGUUCCUGGUAGUCUUUACUAGCUCCGUUAACUUCAUGUAUUAAUGAUCAAAGUGUGUAUUUUCUAAAGCCAAAAUUGUAAUUAUAAUCUAAUAUGUUUAAAAAGUUGUAUUACAUACCAUCUGCUUGCAAAAACAAGAAAGAUUUGUUCUUCCUGGACAAUAAGAACAUUGAAAUGUAGUAGACCUGUUUGCAGACUCUGUUAGUACAAUGUUUACAAAAA